UAAUACUUCCGGGUACUCGGCUCUUCUUUAUCCGGCCCAGCUGCUCAGCUUCUCUCUCUUCCCCGGGCUGUCUGCGAAGAAGGCAGACUCCGCGAACUGGUAUCAUGGCUGCCCUCAGACCUCUGAUUAAACCUAAAAUCCUCAAGAAGCGGACAAAGAAGUUUGUCCGUCAUCAGUCAGACCGUUAUGUCAAGAUUAAGCGCAACUGGCGUAAGCCCAGAGGUAUCGACAACAGGGCCCGCAGGAGGUUCAAGGGUCAGGUCCUGAUGCCCAACAUUGGUUAUGGUAGCAACAAAAAAACCAAACACAUGCUGCCCACCGGAUUCAGAAAGUUCCUGGUGCACAAUGUCAAGGAGCUCGAGGUUCUCAUGAUGAGCAACAAGUCUUUCUGCGCUGAAAUUGCUCACAAUGUUUCCUCCAAGAACCGUAAAACCAUUGUUGAAAGAGCAGCACAGCUUGCAAUCAAAGUUACCAACCCCAACGCCAGACUGCGCAGUGAAGAGAACGAAUAAAUGUCUGGUCUCUGAUGCUGCUUUUUUUGUGUUCAAUAAAAGAGUAAAAGUAAA